AUGAUGACAUUCCAUAAUACUAUUUUUUCUGAAAAACCUCCAAAGCAUCAUUCUACUGCAUUGAAUGAUUUCGGUGCCGCCACUUCGAAUGGCGAGAUACCAGCCUUUCAAUCAACAGUAGUUAAUGACAAUAAUACUAUCAAUCAUAGUACAACAACCUUUGAUGAUACAACAAACGCAAUUCGUAAAGUUCUACUACAAAAUUUAAUAAAAAAUCCAAAAACUUUCCAAGGUGGCAAAGAUGAUGUUAUGAAAUGGUUAGAAGACAUUGAACAUUUAUUUGAUGUAGCGCAUAUUUCUGAUACAAAUAAAUUGGAUUUAAUAUCCUAUUCACUUCGAGGUGAAGCCCU